AUGCGAAGGGCUCGGGAAGAUAUCAUGACUGUUCACACCAAUCUCAUCCAGCUUUUUGCUUGCCGCGAGUUUUGCAUGUUUAUCGCCGCAGAGUUCGAUUGGACAGCCCAGAAUCCCGAGAUACUUGGCUCUAAAGUCGAUACCCAAAGCUCUCUAAUUCCGGAGCUCACGCUGUUCAAAGAGAACAAAUUGGUCGAAUUUGGCAAAAACAAAGGUAACGCUGCAGUCAAUUUCUUUCGGCUCUAUGACGAAGCCUUCACCCGCCGGAAAUUUACAAUACUUAUCGAGAAAGGCGAGUUUAUCACAGGUGAAGAUAAGAAACUAGGAUUGUCGACUUGGACUGCGCCGAACUUCGCAUACAGGCUUGUCUUCGAUUCGUCGCCGUAUCCUCCACAAAAUAUGUGGAAAGGAGAUAGCUGGGGGAAACCCAUUGGGUAA